AUGUCUGUUUUCCCGUUCGGUCGGUUGCGCUCGGGCAGCGGGCGCGACGAAAGACAAGGAAAAUGUCUCGGUCUUUCAAGUUUUAAUUUUCUUCCAGCCGUCCUAUUCUUCGUUCUGCUACCGCUACCAGAGUCGCCAGUAUGGCUGGAGAGUCGCGGGGCUGACGCAUCGUCUGCUGUCAAGUGGCUGCACCUCUCUGCGCGUGCCACCGCCAUCGUCAAGGACGCUCCAGAAAAGUCAGAGGAUCCGACCACUCCGCCCAGUCUGUUCACGCGCAAGGUGUUCUUCUCGUCGGCGGUGAUGAAGCCGCUGGUGGUGGGCUUCGCGCUGCUGUUCUUCCAGCAGUUCAGCGGCAUCGACGCCGUCAUAUUCUUCACCGUUGAGAUAUUUGAAAGCGCAGGCAGCAAACUGGACGCAAUGACAGCGACAAUACUAGUGGGGCUGGUGCAGCUGGUCAUGAACGGCGUCAGCACCAUGCUGGUGGACCGCGCCGGGCGCCGGCCGCUGCUGCUCGUGUCCGCCGCCAUCAUGUGCGUUUCCAUGGCCUCCAUGGGCGCCGCCUUCUUCUUCGAGUUCGAGAAGGAGCAGUGGCUUGGGUACUUGCCCAUCAUAAGCCUGGUGGUGUUCAUGGUGGGCUUCUCGCUCGGCUUCGGCGGGCUGCCGUUCCUGCUGCUGGGCGAGCUGUUCCCCACGCACUACCGCUCGCAGCUGUCCGCGAUGGCUAGCGCUGUCAACCUGCUCUCUAUGUUCACUGUCAUCAAGUCCUACCACGCGCUUGAAGCGGUGCUUACUUCAGCGGGCACCUUCUGGAUGUACUCGUGCUUCUGUGCGUUGGCGUUCUUCUUCGUGCUCUUCGUGGUCCCAGAGACCAAGGGCAAGUCGCUCGCGGAGAUCGAACAACAUUUCCGCGGCGACAAAAACAAGGAAGCAAUCAAUUUGCCCACGGUAUCGGCUAACUGCUAGGGCAGUGCAAUUAAAAGGACAAUGCAAAUAUUGUGACAGUAAAUUAUAGAGACUCUUUUGUGUAGAACAAGAGUUGUGAAAAAGUAGACGGCUAUUAGACGUGUUUAGAAUUACAUGGCGCUGUUGAUAAGAUAUUGUAACUGUUAUCACCACCUCCUUUUUGAGUCGCUGUAGUCGGGUAAAAGUAUUUGUACUCGUAGUAGGUAAUAAAAGUAUGUAGCUGGAAUAAUUUAAUUCGAGUUAGAUACAAUUUUCUUCUUUUUUCUUCUGCCUCGCCUUAUUCCGUUGCGCGGGUUGGCUUUUCCAAUCAUGCGCCGCCUUUUGAUUCUAUCUUGAACGUCUUGUUCGUGGAGUCCCAAUACUUCCAUGUCCUUUUGGACGUUCGUCAUCCAGGAGGUUUGACGUCUUCCUCUUCCCCUCUUUUUUUUGUAGUACAAAUUUGAAAGUAAAAAAGCAAAAUAUUAUGGAAACAUUAUACGAUAUUGGUGCAUGAAGUAGGUUACCUAUAACAAUUUAAUGACGGGUAAUACCAUAAUCGCUAGCUGCGUUAACUGUUGAGCGCAAAUUAGGUACGAUCAUUAUGUCAGAUUAUGUCUUGCAUCUGAGAAGUGAUUUUCAGUAUGUCCCGACCGGUCGGGGGUGAAGACCCCCGAAGGCUUUAAAAGAUCACAUAAGAAAAAUUUGUACCUACUACAAACAGUUUUGUAAAAAUUAACAAUAUGCUUUUAUAAAAAAUCUCAUAGAGAAGCGUUUAAAGAAAUUAUUAAAAUAAUUAUUUAAAUAAAUAUUUUUCCAUUUGUAGAGUCGCGCCGUGAAAUAGGUUGACAAACAGUGAUAGCAUUCUUUUUAGCUGAUAAUUGUAGUAAAAAUAUUAAAUUAUUGACUUAGUGCCAAAAACAAAAUGGUUGUGUGUCUAGAAAACAAAUGAGUGUGAGAUAUUAUUUUUCAUAGUUUACAUUUAUUUUUAUUUAGAUACGUAAGCAGAAAAUGAUAGACAAUUAUAGUCAAUAUUAGUUUUUUAUAAUAUGAUACAAGCCCAUAUUAUUUAUGCAUUUUUAGACAAUAUUAUGUUUAGUUUUGAAUUAAACAUUACCUACUUUGUAAUGUUAAAGAGAAAGGGGUAUGAAUAAAAGUGAACCAUGUUAAAAACUAGAAUUUAAGUAGUGUUAGUUGUAGGUUUUAUAACUGUGAUAUUCUAUAUUUUUAGACGAUAUCUAUCUUA